GGUAAAAGGGGAUAACCCUGCCUGGGCCUCCUUCCAGGAGCCCUACCCCAAGGGGGUGAUUCCACUGUCUGUGAUUGAAAUGGCCCGCUCCACCAAGGACAACAAGUUCCAGGUCUUCACCAGCCAUCGGAUCUUUGUCUUCCGCGCUGAGAAUGAGGCCCAGAGGAAUGAAUGGUGCUCCACGCUGCAGAAGAAGUUGAUGGACCAGAGACUGAUGGGUUCCAGGCCCCGACCUGCCAACACUGCUCACUGCCAGAAGUCAGGAACCCUGGAGCUGAAGGGCCAGAAGUCCAAGGUGUUUGCAGCCUUGAGCCUGCCUGAGAUGUGGCUGUACAAGAGUGAGCAGUUCUUCAAAAUGGGCAUUGGCAUGUGCUUCAUCGAGAUGCGUGGCUCCACCAUCCGCGAGGCCAAGAACCGCGGCUUCGAGCUCAUCACCCCCUCCAAAACCUUCAGCUUCGUGGCAGAGUCAGAGAAGGAGAAGAGGGAGUGGAUGGAAGCACUGCAGGAGGCCAUUGCUGAGAUGCUCUAUGACUAUGAGGUGGCAGAGAAGAUCUGGUCCAAUAAAGCCAACAAGUACUGUGCAGACUGUUGGGCUCAGAGUCCUGACUGGGCAUCCAUCAACCUGUGUGUGGUCAUCUGUAAGCAGUGUGCAGGUCAGGGCAACUCCCUGGGGGGUACAGGGGGGCUCUGGAGAGGUGUGGGCUGGGUUUGGCUGGAUCCCAGGUGCCUGCUGGGGUAUGGAGGUGCUCACUGUUCUGCUCCCACAGGGCAGCACCGCAGCCUGGGCUCCAACAUUUCCAAGGUGCAAAGCCUGAAGCUGGACACCAGCGUUUGGUCCAAUGAAAUAGUGCAGCUCUUCAUCGUGCUGGGAAAUGACCGUGCCAACCGGUUCUGGGCUGCUCGGCUGCCUGCGCCUGAGGCCAUCCACCCUGACGCCAGCGCCGAGCAGAGACGAGACUUCAUCUCCCGCAAGUACCGCGAGGGACGGUACCGCCUGCCCCAUCCCCGAUAUGCCACCCAGGAGGAUGUGCUCCAGGCACUGUGCGCUGCAGUGGCAGGACCAGCCCUGCUCAAGACCAUCCUGCAGUUCUUCUCAUCCUCGGAGGCUGGGCUGGCAUCUGACCCUGCUGCCCACGAGGUGGCCCCAGGGGCUGACCAGUGGUGGGGCUCAGAGAGCAAAAGGCUCAGGAACCAUUCAGGAAGCCCCCGUGCCCAGGAACCAGGUCCAGAGGGUGUCUACAACGAGAUCACACAGCCAGUGACACAGAGUGGGUACCUGUACCGGGCCACAGCCCCUCCAAAGCUCCCAGGUGCCAAGAAGAGCAAAGAGGGUAAGUGUGGGGACACAGGAGGGCAGCCAAUGGGAUGUCCAUCCCAGUGCCACUGACUCCCCAUUCCCACAGAAUUCCAGCGCACGUGGUGUUCCCUGGAGAGAGCUCUGCUCUUCUUUGAGACAGAGAAAUGCACUGAGCCCCUGGGCCACAUUGAGAGUGGAGACCUCAUCUCCCUGGGUGCCAGCAGAGCCCAGACCCUCACCAGCCCUGGCCCAACGGAAAGGUUUCGCUUCACUCUUGAGCUCUUCCUCACUGGAGAGAAAGUGCAGCAGUUGGGAACUGAUGGGCCUGAGACACUGCAAGCCUGGGCCAGUGCGAUUGGAAAGUGGUUCACCCCCGUGAGCUGUCACUGUCUGCUGGGCUACGAGUUCCAGCGUGUGGGCCAACUGCGCUACAAGUGCAUGCUCAACCCGGAGCGGUGGCAGCAAGCUUUCUUCAUCCUCCAGAAAGCACAUCUCUUCAUCUGCCCUGCUGAGGAGGAUGGGGCUGAGGACAGCAUCAACCUCCGGCGGCUGCAGGAGCUCAGUCUGGUUCCCCCCACAGAGACUCCAGAGAAGAAGGAACUGCUGAUCCUGGUGGAGAUGGGGAGGACAUUUUACCUGCAGGGCUUGACACGGGUGGACUCUGCAGCAUGGUACAGUGACAUCCAGGCCUCGGCUGGGGGCCGGGGCAACGCGCUGAGGGACCAGCAGCUGAGCCGAGGGGACAUCCCCAUCAUCGUGGACAGCUGCAUCGCCUUCAUCACGCAGUAUGGGCUGCGGCACGAGGGGAUUUACCGGAAGAAUGGAGCCAAGUCUCGGAUCAAGGUGCUGAUGGAGGAGUUCCGGCGUGACGCUCGCAAUGUCAAGCUGCGCAUCCAUGACAACUUCAUUGAGGAUGUCACUGAUGUGCUGAAGAGGUUCUUCCGUGAGCUGGAAGAUCCCAUCUUCACCCUGGAGCUGCACCCACAGUGGAAGGAGGCUGCAGAAAUCUCCUCGAAGCCCCAGCGCCUGGAGCGGUACAAGGAGCUCAUCCAGCGCCUGCCUCGCCUCAACCACAAGACCUUGGCUGCACUCAUUGGCCACCUCUACCGGGUACAGAAAUGUGCAGACCUCAACCAGAUGAGCACCAAGAACCUGUCACUGCUCUUUGCUCCCAGCCUUUUCCAGACCGAUGGCAAAGGGGAGCAUGAGGUCAAGGUGAUGGAAGACCUCAUCGACAACUAUGUCAGCAUCUUCAAUAUUGAUGAGGACCAGGUAUCCCAGAUGGAUCUGGAGAACAGCCUGAUCACCACCUGGAAGGAUACCCAGCUCUCACAGGCAGGAGACCUCAUCAUUGAGGUGUAUCUGGAGCAGAAGCUGCCUGACUGCUGCGUCACCCUGAAGGUGUCCCCCACAAUGACAGCGGAGGAGCUCACCAACCACGUGCUGGAGAUGCGCAACGUGGCAGCCAGCCUGGACAUCUGGCUCACCUUUGAGGUCCUGGAGAACGGCGAGCUGGAGCGGCCCCUGCACCCCAAGGAGAAGGUGCUGGAGCAAGCUCUGCAGUGGUGCAAGCUCCCAGAGCCCAGUGCUGCAUACCUGCUGGUGAGGAAGGUCCCCAUCGGUGAGGGCAGCUGUCUCUUCACAGGUGUGAAGCGUGAGACCCCCAAGUGUGGGCUGCUGAGGUGCCGGGAGGAGCCUCCCAAGCUGCUGGGGAACAAAUUCCAGGAGCGCUACUUCGUCAUCCGUGACCGCAGGCUCCUGCUGCUCAAAGAGAAGAGGAGUUCCAAGCCAGAGCGUGAGUGGCCCCUGGAUGCAGCCAAGGUUUACAUGGGCAUUAGGAAGAAGCUGAAACCACCAGCCCAGUGGGGUUUCACACUGACCCUGGACAAGCUGCAGCUGUACCUGGUGUGCUCAGGGCAGGCUGAGCUGUGGGACUGGACCACCAGCAUCCUCAAGGCUCAGCACGAUGACCUGCGCCCUGUGAUCAUGCGCCGACGCUCCUCCUCCGACCUGGCCAAGCAGAAGUUUGGCACCAUGCCACUGGUGCCCCUGCACGGGGACAGCACUGAUGCCACCAUGCUCUCUGCCAACCAGACCCUGCGCCGCCUGCACACGCGACGGACUUUGUCCAUGUUCUUUCCCAUGAAGAUUCACCAGGACUCCCUGGAGGAGCAGCAAGAGAAGGAGGCAGACACAGAUCCUGUGUACGAGGAGGUGGGGAACUUCCCCGAGCUGGUAGCGCUGGAUCUGGGGCAGGGGCUGCUGGGAGAGCUGGACAGGUCCAAGAAGCCAUCCCUGUUCCUUGAGCAGCCCCCAGCCACGGCACUGCGCUCCUCACUGCCUGCCAGCCCAGCCCAGAAGGUGACAAGUCCCUCUGUCACCAAAGCCCUGUCUCUGGAAAGGGGCUUGGACCUGGAGAGUGACACAGCUCCAAGCCAGGGGCUCAGACACACCAAAACAGCCUCUCUGGAGAGGAAUGUGGAGCCUUCCCUGGUGCUGGGCAGGGACUGGGAACAGGCAGCUACACCAGGGAACAGUCCUGGUGCAGAGAGCUCCCUGGAGCUGCCCAGGAAGAGGAGUUUACAGCCUCUCUCACCCAUCAACGACAAACUUAUCCAGGAGCUCAGCAGUGUCAUCCUCAGGAAGGGUGAUGGACAGCCACCGGGGCCAGGACAGCCAGUGACAUGA